CAGAAAAAUAGGCCUUCAUCAAGCAUGGUCAUAAGUUUGUUUCUUGAGGUCUUAGAGGCCCUCUAAGCUGAUUCACUCAUUUGGAAGCUGUUUAUGAAACACCUUAUUUGAUCAAGGCAAGAGGUUAGUUCCAGACAAGGAGGUCCAAGGGUUUGAAGCAAGAGCCUUCUACCUUCAGGACCCUGGUGGUAGAGAUAAAAUGCGUGUUAAAAUAGCCCAAGGCAGAACAUUCUGGAUUGUGCAGCUUAAGAGACAGCUGAGUGUCAUGGAUUUAGUGGAGGCUGAACAGGAAUCUGCCUGGAUAAUCCAGUGAAACCUCAUAGGAUCUGCCACUACUAGGGUAGUCCAAGACCUGUUCUCACAGACUCGUUAUCAGAUCUCUGUUAGAAGGGCCUAGGUAUCAUUAUCACUUGUCAUAAUCUCUGUUUCAUAAUGUUGUAUAUAAGUAUCAACAUCUUCUAACACCCUCUUUACGUGUUAACAAGCUUUUUAGUGCAUUAAGAAGUCCUUUUACUUCUGUGAUCCCCAAGUAAUAACUAUCCAUUUUUAUCCAUCCCAGUAGUGGGAAGAUGUAGUCUAUAUUAGGAAGUGGCGCACUGUGGAAGGAACAAGGGUGAGACUAAGCCUGUUCUCAUCUUGGUGACGUGGUCUCUUCCUCCGCAGCACGAAUCGGGGGAAGGAAGAAGUAGAGAAUUCAGCCCGGCCUGCAGAGGAUCGUCCUCCCCUGAAAAGGUCGUUCUGGAGCUGUUCUAGAACAGUGGAAGUUUCCGUGAUGGCGGAAAUGCCCAGUGACUUUGUGUGGCUAUCCUGGGGAACUGAGUUUGUUCAUUUCAUUUUAUUUUAUAGAGUUUACUUUUUUUUUUCUUUAUUGCCAGAGUUCUUUUGGCUAUUAAUGAAUUUACUUUUUUUUGAGACACAGUUUCACUCUUGCUCAGGCUGGAGUACAAUGGCGCAAUCUGAGCUCAUUGCAACCUCCGCCUCCUGUGUUCCAGAGGAGCCCACCACUAUACCUGGCUAAUGUCUGUAUUUUUGGUAGAGAUGGGGUUUCACCAUGUUGGUCAGGCUGGUCGUGAACUCCUAACCUCGAGUGAUCCGCCUGCCUCGGCCUUCCAAAAUGUUGGGAUUACAGGCAUGAGCCACAUGCCCGGUCAGCUAUGACUUUAUAUUUAAAAAGCUUCUGUGUUGAACAGCAAAGUUCUAGCUGUGACUAAGACUGGACUUCUACAUGUUCUGAGUGGAUGUGGGCAUUGAAGACUGUGAGUCUCAUGUGAGGCCUCGGCUGACCCCAGAUUGAUGCUUAUGGGGAGUCCUUCAGCAUGGUGUCCUCUUCCCAUCCCCAUCAUGUCAGCUCCUGGGCACUCUGGGGCCCCCAGGUGAAGGCUGGUUCCUCAGUGCUCACAUUGCAGAAUGGCCUGGAAAAGGUUUCAAUGCACUGAUCACAUGUGGGCUGUGAAGGGCACAUGUGGUCUAUGGAGUUUCCCUGAAGCGGGAGUCAGCUAGAACUGUGCCAGGAGCCAUGUGUGGCCAGGGUCUUGGCCAGCCAGGGCAACUCCCCUGCAGGAUACAUGGACCCAUGGUGGGGUCCACUUUCCUGGAUGGCCGGGCACCUGGCUCUCAGACACCCCUCAGCCUCCUCUCACAGCUGAACUGGACCCAUUUUCAGUGGCAAUCAGCUCCGUCUCUAUCUACUGAUCUUUUGAUUGGGAAUGAUUUACUAAAAGGGCAAACUGUUGUGUUGUGUGACGAGUUUGGGGAUCUUGUGUGAAAACAGGCUAUAGGCUGUUUGUUCAUUUGGAGGGGUUGGCAGCCAGAGGGUGAAGGUUUGUUUGGACUCCGGACCUAGUAUCUAGACAAGCAGAACGCGUCAUCCUGCCUCUUCUCCAAGAGUUAACUGCAGGGUGGGAGCUGUGACGUCAGCCCGGAUCUUUGUGCCUCUCACUUGAGCAACCUGAUGCGCCUUCUCCCCCGGGCUCUGUGUUCAUUGGCUGUUAGCAGACCUUCCGUGGGAGGUUUUUUUUUUCUUUUUUCAAUUAAGUAAAAGGGCGGGGCUUAAGCAGCCAAUGGUAGCUGAGGCCCGGCUUGUCUUAUGCAAGUUUCCCGAGACCGGCUGCAUUUAGAGAACUUGCUCCGGGUGGCGAGGGCAGCGGAGCAUCCAGCAGGCCGCCAGCAUGCUCUGCCUGUGCCUGUACGUGCCGGUCAUUGGGGAGGCCCAGACCGAGUUCCAGUAUUUUGAGUCCAAGGGGCUUCCUGCCGAGCUGAAGUCCAUCUUCAAGCUCAGUGUCUUCAUCCCCUCCCAGGAGUUCUCCACCUACCGCCAGUGGAAGCAGAAAAUUGUACAAGCUGGGGAUAAGGACCUUGAUGGGCAACUAGACUUUGAAGAAUUUGUCCAUUAUCUCCAAGAUCAUGAGAAGAAACUGAGGCUAGUGUUUAAGAGUUUGGACAAAAAGAAUGAUGGACGCAUCGACGCACAGGAGAUCAUGCAGUCCCUGCGGGACCUGGGAGUUAAGAUAUCUGAACAGCAGGCAGAAAAAAUUCUCAAGAGAAUACGAACGGGCCAUUUCUGGGGCCCUGUCACCUACAUGGAUAAAAAUGGCACGAUGACCAUUGACUGGAACGAGUGGAGAGACUACCACCUCCUGCACCCUGUGGAAAACAUCCCGGAGAUCAUCCUCUACUGGAAGCAUUCCACGAUCUUUGAUGUGGGUGAGAAUCUGACGGUCCCUGAUGAGUUCACAGUGGAGGAGAGGCAGACGGGGAUGUGGUGGAGACACCUGGUGGCAGGAGGUGGGGCAGGAGCCGUAUCCCGAACCUGCACUGCCCCCCUGGACAGACUCAAGGUGCUCAUGCAGGUCCACGCCUCCCGCAGCAACCACAUGGGCAUUAUUGGCGGCUUCACCCAGAUGAUUCGAGAAGGAGGGGCCAGGUCACUCUGGCGGGGCAAUGGCAUCAACGUCCUCAAAAUUGCCCCCGAAUCAGCCAUCAAAUUCAUGGCCUAUGAGCAGAUCAAGCGCCUUGUUGGUAGUGACCAGGAGACUCUGAGGAUUCACGAGAGGCUUGUGGCAGGGUCCUUGGCAGGAGCCAUCGCCCAGAGCAGCAUCUACCCAAUGGAGGUCCUGAAGACCCGGAUGGCACUGCGGAAAACGGGCCAGUACUCAGGCAUGUUGGACUGCGCCAGGAGGAUCCUGGCCAGAGAGGGGGUGGCUGCCUUCUACAAAGGCUAUGUCCCCAACAUGCUGGGCAUCAUCCCCUACGCCGGCAUUGACCUAGCAGUCUACGAGACGCUCAAGAAUGCCUGGCUGCAGCGCUAUGCAGUGAACAGUGCGGACCCCGGCGUGUUUGUGCUCCUGGCCUGUGGCACCAUGUCCAGUACCUGUGGCCAGCUGGCCAGCUACCCCCUGGCCCUAGUCAGGACCCGGAUGCAGGCACAAGCCUCCAUUGAGGGCGCUCCGGAGGUGACCAUGAGCAGCCUCUUCAAACACAUCCUGCGGACUGAAGGGGCCUUUGGGCUGUACAGGGGGCUGGCCCCCAACUUCAUGAAGGUCAUCCCAGCCGUGAGCAUCAGCUAUGUGGUCUACGAGAACCUGAAGAUCACCCUGGGCGUGCAGUCGCGGUGACGGGGGGAGGGCCACCACGCGGUGGACUCGCUGAUCCUGGGCAGCCGCUGCCCAGGGUAUGCAGCCAUCUCAUUCUGUGAAUGUGCCAACACUAAGCUGACUCGAGCCAAGCUGUGAAAACCCUGGACGAACCCGCAGGGAGGGUGGGGAGAGCUGGCAGGCCCGGGGCUGGUCCUGCUGACCCCAGCAGACCCUCCUAUUGGUUCCAGGGAAGACCACAGGCAUUCCUCAGGGUCCAGGGUCAGCAGGCUCUGGGCUCACAUGUGUAGUGACGGGACAUUUUCUGCAGUGCCUACCAACAGUGAGCUUGGAAGCCGGCUUAGUUCUUCCAUUUCAUCCUUGCAGCCAGGGGUUGGCACGGCCCCUGCCCUCUGGCCUGCCACGUAUCUCCCUGUUCCCUCUGCUUCCUGCCUCGCUGCUGAUGUAAUAGGGUGGGAGGAGGGCUGCAGGCCACAUCCCACCACCUCAUCCAAUCCCGAAAUCCAUGAUAAAAGGUAAGGUCACGUGGCCUCCCAGGCCUGACUUCCCAGCCUGUGGCACUGAUGCCAACUUGGCUGUGCCAGGAAGAGGAAAGGGUCUGGCCUUGCACUGACUGGUGUCUGAGCCCUGCUGAUGGCUGGGGCUACUGGGCAUGCAUGGGAGUGCAGGGGGCUUGGGCCGCCUGACCCAGCUGCACCGAAGGCAAAUGCUGGGCUUACGGUGCUCCGAGCUGGCCCAGACCCUGCCAGGACUGGCACCAGCUCCAAACCAAACUCACUGUCCCGCUGUGGCCUGAGGGCAGUGGAACACUGUGUUUGAGAGAGAAGGGCAGAGCGUUUGUGUGUCCUGGAGAGGGAAGGAAAAGGUGUUGGAGGCCUUAAUUAUGCAUUGUUGGGAAAAGGGUUUUGUCCAGAAAGACAAGCUGGACAAACGAGCGAGUUCUGUGCUUCUAGAGGAAGACAAGGGAGCCGGGAGUUUGGCUGUCUGCUCAGACUCUGUUCUGAUGUCCCUGGGGGUUCCUAUUCAGCCCCUGCCACAGCGGGACCAGCCUCACAUUCCACUCGUGUCACUGCUUGGAACCUAUUUAUUUUGUAUUUAUUUGAACAGAGUUAUGUCCUAACUAUUUUUAUAGAUUUAAUUAAUAGCUUGUCAUUUUCAAGUUCAUUUUUUAUUCAUAUUUAUGUUCAUGGUUGAUUGUACCUUCCCAAGCCCGCCUGCUGGGGUGGGAAGAGGAGAGGAAGGAGGGGCCUUGGGCAACCACAGUCUUAGAAUUUCAAAGAAAUUCUUCUUGGGACUGAAGGCAGAGGAGCGGGGGAAGGACUUGCCCCACCCCCAGGGAGCCUUAGGAUUUCAGGGUUUGACUGGGGGCUUAGAGAGGGUGGGGGGAUCCCCAAUCAACUUGAAGGUGGAAGUCCAGUCACCUCCUGCACUGGGGGGGUUUCUGUAUUUCACUCUUUCUGAACGGCAAGGCAGUGAGGUGCCUCUCCCUGUGCAUUUGCGGUGGGCAGGGCUGGAAGAGAGGGUGGGGGGCUGGCUCCCUCCCUCCCAGCCUUCUGCUGCCCUUGCUCAACAACGCCGGCCCACUGGCAAACCUUCAAUAGGAUGCAAAGAUCAAUGCAAAAAUACUGUUAUAUAUGAAUAUAUAUAUAUAGUUAUAACUGGAAUUGUCAAAAAGCAAAUUAAGAAAGAAUUGGAAGUUGUCAUUUAAAGAAGCCUUCUAAUAAAGUUGUUUCAAAGCUGA